AUGUCAGGAAGCCGGCCGCCACCACAACACCCUCCGGCUGGGCCGGGCACCACUACAGGCCCCCUCGGAUCCUCCUCGUCGUCCGCCGCCGCCGCCUCUUCAGUCACCACCUCGGCCUCUUCGGCCACCGCGACGGCGCCCGGUUCCUCGUCUUCGACUUCGGCGGGGCUGGGAGCCCCUGCGCGGCCUGUGUUGGUGGCGCCCGCCGUCUCCGGUUCCUCCAACGGUGGCCUUUCGCGGCUGGCGGGGACGGCCCGGACCGGCGCGGGGUGCGGCACAGGCGGCGGCGGCGGCGGCGGCGGCAGCAGCAGAAAGAGGCCGCUGCCCACCCCGCUCUGCAAUGGCCUCCUGAACUCCUACGAGGACAAGAGCAACGACUUCGUGUGCCCCAUCUGCUUUGAUAUGAUUGAAGAAGCUUACAUGACUAAAUGUGGACACAGCUUUUGCUAUAAGUGUAUUCAUCAAAGCUUGGAGGACAACAACAGAUGUCCGAAAUGUAAUUAUGUUGUGGAUAAUAUAGACCAUCUUUUCCCCAACUUUUUAGUGAAUGAACUCAUCCUUAAACAGAAGCAAAGGUUUGAAGAAAAGAGAUUCAAACUGGACCAUUCAGUGAGUAGCACCAAUGGCCAUAGGUGGCAGAUAUUUCAAGAUUUGCUGGGAACAGAUCAGGAUAACCUUGAUUUGGCUAAUGUUAAUUUAAUGCUGGAACUACUGGUCCAGAAAAAAAAACAGCUUGAAGCAGAGUCCCGUGCUGCUCAACUACAGAUUUUGAUGGAAUUCCUCAAAGUUGCCAGGAGAAAUAAAAGAGAGCAGUUGGAGCAGAUCCAGAAGGAGCUAAGUGUUCUGGAAGAAGAUAUUAAACGAGUGGAGGAAAUGAGUGGCUUGUAUUCCCCAGUCAGUGAGGACAGCACUGUGCCUCAGUUUGAAGCUCCCUCACCUUCACACAGUAGCAUCAUAGAUUCUACAGAAUACACCCAGGCUCCCGGAUUUAGUGGCAGUUCCCAGACAAAAAAACAGCCAUGGUAUAACAGUACGUUAGCAUCCAGGAGGAAGAGACUUACAGCUCAUUUUGAGGAUUUGGAGCAAUGCUACUUUUCCACAAGGAUGACUCGAGUAUCAGAUGACAGCAGAACCUCAAGUCAGCUGGAUGAAUUUCAGGAGUGCUUGUCCAAGUUCACGCGCUACAAUUCUGUCCGACCCUUGGCGACACUCUCUUAUGCUAGUGACCUCUACAAUGGAUCAAGCAUAGUAUCCAGUAUUGAGUUUGAUCGAGACUGUGACUAUUUUGCCAUUGCUGGAGUGACAAAGAAGAUUAAAGUUUAUGAAUAUGGCACAGUUAUCCAGGAUGCAGUCGAUAUUCAUUACCCUGAGAAUGAAAUGACUUGUAAUUCCAAAAUCAGCUGUAUCAGCUGGAGUAGUUACCACAAAAACCUGUUGGCCAGCAGUGACUAUGAAGGUACCGUCAUCUUGUGGGAUGGGUUCACAGGGCAACGGUCAAAAGUCUACCAGGAGCACGAGAAAAGAUGUUGGAGUGUGGACUUUAAUUUGAUGGAUCCUAAAUUGUUGGCUUCAGGCUCUGAUGAUGCAAAAGUGAAGCUGUGGUCAACCAACUUGGACAAUUCAGUAGCAAGUAUUGAGGCCAAGGCAAACGUGUGUUGCGUCAAAUUCAGCCCAUCAUCAAGGUACCAUCUGGCCUUUGGUUGUGCAGAUCACUGUGUUCACUACUAUGAUCUUCGGAACACUAAGCAGCCAAUCAUGGUCUUCAAAGGACAUCGCAAGGCUGUUUCAUAUGCAAAGUUCGUUAGUGGGGAGGAAAUAGUUUCUGCGUCAACAGACAGUCAGCUGAAGCUUUGGAAUGUAGGGAAGCCACACUGUCUGCGUUCCUUUAAGGGUCAUAUCAAUGAGAAGAAUUUUGUAGGCUUGGCAUCUAAUGGAGACUAUAUUGCCUGUGGAAGUGAAAAUAACUCCCUCUACUUGUACUACAAGGGCCUCUCAAAGACACUGCUAACCUUCAAAUUUGACACUGUCAAAAGUGUCCUAGACAAGGACCGGAAGGAGGAUGACACAAAUGAGUUUGUCAGUGCUGUAUGCUGGAGAGCACUGCCAGAUGGGGAGUCCAAUGUACUGAUUGCUGCUAACAGUCAGGGUACAAUUAAGGUACUGGAGCUGGUAUGAAAGGAGUGUGUUCUCUCAAGGCAUGGAAUACUUGACCCUGCUUUUCGUCUGGGACUCUCAGUGGGGCACGAAACUGAAGCUAACUUGCUCUUCCUUCUCAGAAUGAUCACAUUUUGGGGGUUUCUUUUCAUUUAUGGACGCACUUAAGACAUCUUAGGACUCUGGAAAAUACCAGUGAAUUCAGUACCAUCAACAUUUUACUCCACAGACUUUGCUGCUGCUGGUUCUAUUGCUUGUCUAAUUUUUAUGAUGGUGGAGGGUGGGGAGGGAGAAAAUGAUUCUUUCAAAUAAAGGCAGAUACUGAAAAAGUGGGAAUAAUGAAGUUCAUUGAGCCACAUAUGGAAGCUGGAUAGCCCUCUGUUGAUAGACAGGGUGACAGGUUUGCCCUUGUGCCAGGAUUCAUUCAUGGAGCCACCUUCUGGAUUACCACUUCUGGCCUUUUCUUCCAUUCUCACUAGAGACCAAAAAAACACACAAAAACACCUAACCCUGAGUCACCAUGUGUUGUUUUUUUCUAAUUUUGAGAGCCUCAAGUAAAAUUUGGUUUAGCUCUUAUUGUCUUUAUUUUUGAAAUGAAUUGUGUUUGGGUAAGUUGAACUUUUCAAAGACUGCAGCCCUCUGUACAACCAACCACAGCAGCCUGUCCAACAACCAGUAAUUCCGCUAUCCUAAUGUGAAGGGACCACCUCGAAGGGCACGCAAACAAUCCGCAAGUCCACCUGCUCCUUGGUCACCCUCUCUUCCUGCCAGCUAAGCAGGGGUGCCAAUUGUGAUGUGGACAUGUGCUGAUUGGGAGCAGAUCUGACACCACUUAAUUAUACUCCCCAUAGGCCACCAAACUAUCAAUAAAUAAUGACUUUCUGUCUCAUCUGGUCUUAGUUAUGAUGAGAUGGUUCAACUGGAAGCAAAAGGCGAUAAUGCCGAUCUACACACAGUCUGAUUUUCCUCACUCCCAUUCACCUCACCCUGUUCGUGUGACUUGUAGAAGCCAAGCAUUUUGAACGAUGUAAUAUAUUUGGGGGGCGGGCUAUGCUAGCCUUCUUUUUAAUAACCAUGCAUACACUUAAUUGUAAACUGGAGAGAAUGGGGAAAUAAACUGUGAUUCCAAAUGUUC